AGGAUCUGCGAGACGCCCGGCGGGGACGGAGAGCGGGACGCGGUGGCGGCGGGGUCCGCUCCCGGCCAUGCUGGCGCGGAGAGCGCUGCGCUGUGCGGCGCGGCGGGGCGGGCAGCGGCCUCCGGUGCGCGGCCUCCGCGUCUCUCCGAGGGCGCGGUCCGCCAUGCCCUCGUGGGUCAUCGACCGGUACGGCCGCAACGAGGUGCUGCGCUUCACCCGGGACAUGGUGUUCCCCGCCAUACAGUACCCCAACGAGGUCAUUGUUAAGGUGCACGCCGCCAGCUUGAACCCCAUAGACCUUAGCAUGAGAAGUGGUUACGGUGCAACUGCAUUAAAUAUGAAGCGGGAUCCCCUGAAAAUCAAGAGCCUGGACACUGAAUUCCCACUAACACUCGGUCGAGAUGUCUCAGGUGUUAUCAUGGAAUGUGGACUGAGUGUGUCUUAUUUCAAACCUGGAGAUGAGGUAUGGGGAGCAAUUCCUCCGUGGAAACAAGGCACUCUCUCAGAGUUUGUGGUAGCUAGUGCAAAUGAGGUAUCUUUUAAGCCAAAAUGUCUCAGUCACGUAGAAGCUGCCUCCUUACCGUAUGUAGGUCUCACAGCGUGGUCUGCAAUUAACAAUGUUGGAGGACUGAACCAAAGUAAUUGCAGCGGGAAAAGAGUGUUAAUAUUAGGAGCUUCUGGAGGAGUUGGCACAUUUGCUGUACAGCUAGUGAAGGCCUGGGGUGCUCAUGUGACAGCAGUUUGUUCCCACGAUGCUAGCACACUGAUGAAAAAGCUUGGAGCAGAUGAUGUGAUUGAUUACAAAUCUGGAAAUUUGGAACAGCAGCUUAAAACCUUACCCUCAUUUGAUUUCAUCCUAGAUAAUGUUGGUGGAUCCACUGAGAAGUGGGCACUAGAUCUCUUGAAGAAAUGGUCGGGAGCAACAUACGUUACCUUAGUGACACCUUUCUUGAUCAACAUGGACAAACUUGGAGUGGCUGAUGGCAUGCUGCGAACUGGAGUCACGAUAGGCUCCAAAACCAUGAAGCAUCUCUUGAAAGGAGUCCAUUAUCGGUGGGCCUUCUUUAUGCCAAGUGGACCAAGUUUGGAUGAAAUUGCACAACUAGUUGACUCAGGAAAGGUUCAGCCAGUUAUCCAAGAAGUCUUCCCCUUUUCUGAAGUUCCAAAGGCCUUUCUGAAACUAGAAGAAGGACAUGCACGUGGAAAAACAGUGAUUGAUGUCAUUAAUAAAAAAUAAAGCAAUUCUAAUCAUUGUUGUGCCUUCAGUCACAUGCUUAGCUGGUAAAUGACACUUGAAUCUGAACUGGUAUGUAGCAUCUGUUUCUCCUUACAAAGCAAUUAAAAAAUGAAUCAUUUAAAAA